AUGAACGGAAAUCAAGAAGAAGGUCAUAUAAAACUUCCUGACCACACCCAGCCAUCGGAUUAUCUUGACAUACACUCAAAGACAUAUGAUCCGGAGUUCAUCUCACAGAUCAGCAGUAGAAUGCAAGUACCUGACAGAAUUGCUGUAGGAGGAUCCGAAUACAGUGGAAAGCAGAAUGGCUUUAUACAUCAAGAAUUUCCUGCAAAUGCACAAUUUGUUGGGAUGACAGUUCCAGACAGAAUAAUUUUAGCAGGUGAUAAUCUCCAUAUUGCUUUGAAGCAGGACCUGAUUCUUGAUUUGCCAGGCAAUUCUCCUGCAGCCUCUGAGAGUUUGUCCUCGUACAUUGGCAUGAUUACCCCGCCAAGAACCUUAACUCUGGAGGAGAGAUUCCCAGUAGUUGAGGAGACAGAUGACCACAAGAUGAUGGCAGCGAGAGGCAAUAUGGCUGUCAGAGAUGCUAAGAUUAACAACAGUCAUUUAAAUGGCCCAGUUCCAUAUGAUCCAGGUGUGAAUCUGCAUGAUUCAGUUCUGCUGAAUGAAGAAAACGAGACAACACUUCUUCGAACUCAGGUGGCAAAAUUGACAAGGCGAGUCCAAGUCAUAGAAGAAGACAACCAGAAGAGAGCAACUAGAGAACUGGUUAUGUAUCCCCUUAUUCUGGGAUACUUCAUGUGGAAGAUUCUCAGCUGGCUCACCAGGGACAGAUGA